GAUCUGUCUCGGUCUAUACAUCGGUCUGUAUAAAGUAUCUCAUCAGAUUUUGUAAUCCGUAUCAAAUCUUCAAUAAUGAGCAAGCGAAAGGCUCCGGACAAUUCAGAUAACCUGAACAGGGAUCUCUCUGAUUUUCUUAUCGAGCUAGCAAACUACGAACGCAACGUCAGUAAAAACGUCUAUAAGUACAACGCUUAUCGCAAAGCUGCCAGUACUUUGGCGUCACUGUCGUACAGAAUUAAGAGCGGCGACGAAGCGAAAAAACUUCCGGGGAUCGGAGAUAAGAUUGCUAAAAAAAUCGACGAAUUUCUUCAAACUGGGAAACUGCAGAAACUCGAAAAGAUCAACGCUGAUGGUAUAACUGCACCCAUAAAUUUGCUAACCAGAGUAUCCGGUAUUGGACCUGCCAAGGCAAAAGAAUUGGUUGAUGCGGGAAUCAAAACUUUGAAUGACCUUAAAGAAAAUGAAGACAAGCUUAAUCGCCAUCAGAAAAUAGGUUUAAAAUACUUUGACGAUUUUGAAAAAAAAAUCCCAAGGGAAGAAGUUCAGAGGAUCGAAACUUUCCUCAAUGCAUCCCUUUCUGAUUCGGACCCCAGAUACAUAGUGACGAUAUGUGGAAGUUAUAGACGUGGCAAAGCGGAGAGUGGCGACAUUGAUGUUUUGAUAGCGCAUCCAAGUUACACCUCUUCUGACUCCGACGGAAAAAAGAAGGGUUUAAACAUGCUUAAGAGUAUAAUCGAGCACCUGGAACAAAAAGAGCUCAUCGUCGAAACAAUUUCCAUGGGUGGUUCAAAAUUCAUGGGAGUUUGCAGAGAUCCCACGGGCAUUAACAAAUUUUUUCGACGACUCGACAUUCGACUGGCACCAAAAGAUCACUAUUAUUGCGCUGUUCUUUAUUUCACAGGGAGUGAUUUGUUCAAUAAAAAUAUGCGGGCACAUGCCUUACAAAAAAAAUUCACACUCAAUGAAUAUACGCUCAAACAUCUGACGGUUGAAGGGAUACCUGGUGAGGCAGAGACAAUAAACAGUGAAGAGGAUAUUUUUAAGAAGCUCGGACUUCCGUACAAGAAGCCCGAGGAGAGAAAUUCAUAGUCUGAGUACAGUCCCAAGUAUUUAAACGAAUAUUGUUCAAUAAAUCUAUACAGGGUUAUAAUAUCAUUAUUAAUUAUAUUUUUAAUAAAAACCA